AUCACCAGCAUCCCAACUUGUUUCUUGCAGAGUUCUUGCUUGUGUAUACAUACCAUACCACAGGCCACUGCUGAAUCCAUGGCGAAAUGCUUCCUGGUGCUCGCCUUCUUGGCGUUUCUCCUGCCAGCGGCCUACGCGAUGUGCCACCCUGACGACCUCCAAGCGCCGCGGGGCUUCGCCAGGAAGAGCAAUAGAAGAACACUCCAACAACAACAGCCAAAUACCAUUACUGGGACCAACAACAGUGUCAGAUCUGGGAGUGGUAAUAUUGUAUCUGGGAACAGCAAUACUGUCGUAUCUGGGGACAACAACAAUGUUUCUGGGAGCAACAACACAGUCACAUCUGGGAGCAACAAUGUCAUAGUUGACAGCAACCAUGUCGUAACUGGGAACAACAAUACUGUAUCUGGCAGGAACAAUAUGGUAACUGGGAACAAUAAUGUUGUAUCAGGGAGCAACCAUGUCGUGUCCGGGGACAACAAAGUCGUAACUGGCGGUUAAUGACCUGUCAGUGGAUUGAUUUCGGCUUCCCUGGUGCAGCUCAUACAUCCUUGUCCAAGUUCAGUGUGGCUCACAAUUACUUGGUGGGCCCAUUCGUGCUUGGAACUUCAUGGAUAUAGCAUCCUACCUACUUAAAAUAAGAUUUCCCUAAAUAUCUAUAGAAUUUUUUACAUAAUAAAUGCUGACCUGCACAGCAAUGGCGACUUGCAGCUUAUGUACAAGUUUUCAUCGUGGAUGUCUAGAUGUGGGUAUUUCAUCUCUUCUGUUAUCUGUAAUGUGUGAUGAUUUCCUAUAUAU